AUGGGAGUGCUCGGACUGUACAGCUAUUUCGAAUCGAAAUCAUUAGGGCAGCGCAAGAGCUGGUCCACAACCCUGCCACGGCCUUCACCUCAACAGGACGACCAUGGCACCACUACGAGCGAAGCAGGCGAUAACAGUCCCGACAGUCUGAAGAGGUCUCACUCCUCCUCCUCUUCUUCCUCCUCGUCAACAAACCUCCUCGCAAAACGGCGAUUCUUCAUCCUCGACGGAAACGCAUACAUCCACCACCUCUACUGCGGGCAAUUCGAAUGGAUCUGGGGAGGGCAAUACUCGUCGUUUGUCAACCUCCUUACGGCCCACAUCCGAGCGCUCGAGAACAGUGGGUUCCGGUUACAGUUCUUGUUUGAUGGUCCGUUACCUGUUCAGAAGCGGCAGACAAGGCUGACGAGGGAUACGGAGAAGAUCCGCAAGAUGAGUCGGGUUGUGGGAGAUUUGGAGCAUUAUCAUGUGCUUGGCUUGGGGGGUGGCUCUAAUACUUUAACGAGCAGUGUCGGGGCGGGGAUUGAGGCGUUGGCGAAUCAGGCCGGCGGCGCUGGUGGUCGGAGUAAUGGAGCCAGUGGGGGUGGAGGUGGUGCUGGUGGGAAGGGGUAUUCGCAUUUUUUGAUCCCUCCGCUGGUUAUGGAGGUGACGUUGCAGACUUUGAGGGCGCUGGGUGUUGAGCUGUUGGUUUGUGAUGGUGAGGCUGAUGGGUUGGUUGCUCAGUUGGCGAUGGAGAAGUCGAUGGAUGUUGGUGUUGAUGAAGCCUACGCCGUCAGCAAGGAUUCUGAUUACUUUAUCUACAACACAGGAUCAUCAACAAAAGGCGGCUACAUCCCGCUCGACAGCCUCUUUGUCUCGACCGACCCCACAACCGGAACCACCACCGUCGCAGCAACAGUCUACUCCCAGUCCGCCAUCGCAGAACACCUUGGGAUCCGACCACACUUCCUCCCACUCUUUGCGUCACUCACAGGAAACGAUUACCUCCGCCCUGAGGUGUUUGAAGACCAGGUCGCGAGGUCGCUUGCGGUGGCUACGGGACAGAAAUUGUCGGUGGCAAAUAAUACCAAUCAUGCGAGGAUUAAAGCUACGGCUAGCUUUCUGAAGCAGUACGGAGCUGGAGCUGGAUCUGGAUCUGGAUCUGGUGCUGAUGGUGGUGCAGAGCUGGAGGAGAUUGGGUCGGCGCUGGCAGAGUGCGAUCAGGUGGACAGGAUCAUGGACGAGAUUCUGAAGGAUCGGGAGCAGCUUUAUGCGGGCGAGGCGGAAGAGAGGCGUCAAGAGUUGCGGUCUGCUUUGAUCGAGUCUAUGGAGCAGUACUCCCCCUCGAUCCCGGACGAUUUUGCGACAGAGGAAUCAAUCUCUUCUGGAGAACCUUCCUUGCCAUCCUCGGAAGAACCCACUCCUUCGCCCUCGAUCGCGACUACUCCCAACCCUUCCACACCCUCGGCAGGAGGAGGAGGCCUUUGGGCAGCACCAGAAAAGUCGUCCCUAUCUGUAGUAGCGGCGCUGAACAAGACGAAGGAAGCCUUCAGGGCGGGUCAGUUCUCGUUCAAGUUGAUGGAUGUGGUCAGCAACCGGAUGUUUUGGUGUACGCCGUUUUUGGAGGAUACAGAUCGGGAGAGUGCGUGGUUGGCGUCGAGGGAUCUCAGGCGGUGGAUUUAUGGGGUUCUUGCGAAGGAUUUGCUUCUCCUUGAGAGCGGAAGUCAAGUAGACAGAGCACAGGAGGAGGAGGGAGAGGAGCAGAGCGGACCAGGAGCCGAGUUGGAGGUUGUGGAGUAUGUGAGGCGUGGGGACCACUUGUCGGCCGAGAUUGUGAUGGGUGCUUCAGCGAUGGAGUUGGAUGAGAUGGCCAAGGUUGUCAAGGCCAAGGCCCAGAAAAAGUCGGCAAGGCGGAUCAGUGUCAUGGAUAUCGACUCAGUCCCACCCUCCUCCACCAGCGCCGUCGAGGUAUCCCCAGCCGACACCGAACCCACAAUCGGCGCCAUGGAAAUCGAACAACUGGACGCGCCACAACAGCAGGUACAGGAUCAGGAAAAGGGCGAGACGAUGGACGAGGCUAGCAGGACUGGUCUCUUCUUGGGGAUCCUGGGAGCCGACACUGCACAGGUCCGCGCACUCCCGAAGCCGUUCAUGAUUCUGGCGGCGACGUUGCGAUACCUGAUCAACGCGCUUGCUCAUUCCAAGACCCGAUCUGCGAGUAUCUCUGUCGCCAAUUUCGAGGUCAUUGCAUUCGUCGCUUCGGCGCUCUUCCUCCGUGAAAUGUAUUACCCCGAGACAAUUGGCCAACAGCCAGCAACGCCAGCAUCAGCAGGAGCAAGAGCAGCAGCACCACCGGAAGCCAGCAGUAUACCCACGUCCCCGACAACACCAUCAUCAACAACAUUGUCGGGCCCCCCUUCGCUGGUCGAAGCACCCCCCAUGACAAAAAGAUCCCUCCACCUCUCAACCCAAUACCAACACGCCCUCGCAACAGUCUCCCUCCUCGCCAGCGCCCUCCACCUCGAAGGCAUGAUCCCGCCCCUUGCACAACUAUUCGACGGACUCUUGUUCCAACAGACUUUGGCUCUUGCCCGUGGUGGGACGCUGUUGGAAGGGAGGAUGCAGUUCCCGGAAUCUGUCCACAUGUAUCAUCAAGUCCUGGCCGCAGUCGAGGAGGAUUUUGUGGAUACGGGGGAGAUUGAUGUUGUGGUCGUGUUUCGUGCUAGUCGGAAAGGAGCCUCUGCCGCCGCCGCCGCCGGAGGAACUGGAGAGGCAGCAGAGGUAACCAAGUUGGGUAUCUUUGGGCCGGACAUGGAACCUUUGAACCAACUCCCAUCUUCGUCAUCGACCUCCUCGACAAGUGGGGGAUCAGGGCUGAAGGGGUCGAAAUCUGCAGGGAUUCAUAAGAAAUCCGGGUCUUCCAAGAAGCGUAGCGGAGGUGGCAGCGGCGGUGGAAGUAGUAGCAGCAGUAGCAAUGGCCGUGGCAGCGGCGGUCGAGGUGGUGGCGGAGGUGCCAAUAUGUUCAACAUAUACACUCCUUAUCGUCACGUCUACUUCUCAAGCACCCUCUCCCUCAACGUCCACCCCACCAACUCCUGUGCCUCCCUCUCCACCAUCAACUCUACAGUCAUCGCAUCUGCCAGCAAUAGUAACGACCUGAUUGCCUCGCAGCAGUUCGAAUCUCUUUGGGAAGUCCAGCUUGCGCUCGGGGAGAUUCCUGGGAUGAUUGAGGGCAACAUCCUUGAAUCAUGCGAGGACCCAACGGCGGUACCAAUUAAUACCGCAGCAGCAAUAGCGUCAAGGUUGGGAAGCAGUUUCUUGUUGCCACCAUUGUUGCCGCUCGCCCAACAGUCGCAUACAUCAUUGCUCUCCAUCACAUCCACCACAGCACAGCCAUGGCGGACAUAUGUCGCCUUCGAAGAGUUCUCUUGCUACCCUUCUACCUUUGACGACAGCGACAGUGAGAGCGACUACGAUAGCGAGGAUGAUGAGGAGGGAAGGGAAGAGGAGGAGGAGGGAGAGAUCGAUGCAGUGGAGUGCUUCAUUUUCCAACCGUUCCCACAACAACCGCAACCACAUCCUCUUCUUCGAAUCUACAGCUCGUCAUACCACUCCUCCAACAACCCUACCACUUCCUCCCUCUACCUCCCCCUCAGCACAACACCUGAAAACAACAACAACAUUGUCAACAACUACACCGGAUCCAUUUACUCGAUCGAACCACAUCCCCUGCAACACCGUCAAGUCUAUGAGGAUGAAGAAGAAGUGGAGGAGGCGCUAACAUUUUCGAGACGUCUUUUCAGGGGCAACAACACUACCACUACAUCCAACGCCAUUCCACUCACCUCCAACAUCAGUUCCUGCAGUAACACCAAUACUAGCGCUCUCCUUCCAAGUGACCUCAGGAGCGACCGCAAAGACAGCGGUGUCUUUAUCCACGACGAACAAGACGGCACUAUCGUCAAACUUUCGCCUCGACUGACCUUCUCCUCCUCUGAAUCCGAAUCCGAGUCUGAGGUCGAACAAGAUAACAAUAACAACACCAGCUACGGUCCUCAAUACCGAUCCUGCAACGUCUUCCAUCCAUCCGAACAUACAGACCUGAGAUCUCGAUGGAUGAACGGCGUCACCUGCAUCCCAAACACCAAUAGCAGUAGCGUCAAUGGAACAUGUUGUGGUGGUGCAGGAGCAAGGGACAGGAGAAACAGUACAACCACUCUACAACGUCGAGAGUACAUUGCCUCGACCUCCUUUUCUUCAUCCCCUACGACUACCUCCACCUCCACUACUUCUACAUUUCCGUCCCUGAUGGCCGCCGUCUCUUUCAUCUCUAUGCAGGCCUAA